CUCUAAAUUGGGUUAUUUCCGAAACCGAGCAACCAAGGCGGAGGCAACAGACGCAAGCAAAGCUGGAAGCUAGAAGAAGACGAGCAAAACCCAGAUAAAAUCAUCAGCCACACAUUCCGCACCGUUCUUGGCUGCUGCUAUACCUCAAGUUCCUACUCUUAUGGUGUCGGUAAAUCCGAAUCCUGCUCAAGGCUUCUACUUCUUCGAUCCCUCCAGGAUGGGGCUUCCCGGUGUCAAUCCUACGCCGCCACUUCCCCUUACUGCUACGGCUUCUUCGUCCACGGCCACGCCGGCUUCGUACGGGGACGAUCUGAGUAAGAAGAUCAGAAAACCAUACACGAUUACCAAGUCCAGGGAGAGCUGGACGGAGCAGGAGCACGACAAGUUUCUCGAAGCUCUCCAAUUAUUUGACCGUGACUGGAAGAAGAUUGAAGCAUUUGUUGGUUCAAAAACUGUUAUCCAGAUACGAAGUCAUGCACAGAAGUAUUUCCUGAAAGUUCAGAAGAACGGGACAAGUGAACAUGUGCCUCCCCCUCGGCCAAAAAGAAAGGCUGCUCAUCCAUACCCACAAAAGGCACCUAAAAAUGCAGCUCCAGCAGUAUCCCAAGUUACAGUGCCAUUGCAAUCAUCAUCUUCUUUCAUUGAGCCCUCGUACAUUUAUAGGCCAGACUCUUCAUCUGCGCUUGGAACUCCAGUUACCCGUGUGCCUUUGUCAAAUUGGACUUGUAAUGUUAGCCCACAGCCCAGUGUGCCACAAGUGACUAAAGAUGAGAUGGGGUUGCAUGGGCAAGCUGCUUCUCUAAAUUGUUGCUAUAGCAGUAGUAAUGAGAGCACUCCAAGGGCUUGUCCAGGUAGCAAAGUUAUUGAUCAAGGAAACUCAGGCAAGCUGAUCAAAGAUGCAGUAAUGCCAGAUUUUGCACAAGUUUACAGCUUUAUUGGUAGUGUGUUUGAUCCAAAUGCUGCAAAUCACUUGGAGAGACUGAAACAGAUGGACCCGAUAAAUGUGGAAGCUGUAUUAUUAUUGAUGAGAAACCUCACCAUCAAUUUAAUGAGUCCCAAAUUUGCAGAUCAUGUAAGACCUGUUCCCUAG